AUGGCGAGCGUCGUUGAGCUGUGCCUGGCGGCCCUCUGGCGCUUCUACCUCGGCAUAGCUCUGGGCUUUGGGCUGGCCAAGAUGGGGACCAGCCUGUGCGGCAUGACGCUCGCCACUCGGCCGCCGCCGCCGCCCUCGCGCGGCUGCUUUGGCGCCAUCAAAAACCAGGGGCGCCGCCUGCUCAUGUGGGGCGCCAGCCAGCUUCAGUCCCUGUUCUACAUGUUCAGAUGGGUGAUCUACCUGUACGGCGUGGUGGUGCUGCUGAUGGCGGCCAUCCACCUGGGCAGCCCCGACUACCGGUACCGCGACUUCCCAAACGAGUGUCCCCCAGACAAGCAGUGGGGCUGCAGCCGCAUCGCGGAGAGCAACCCGCACGGCGUGCGCCACCUGCAGCCGCUGCACCUGGCGGCCACGGUGGCCGAUGUGCAGUCCUAUGCCACCAGCUGGGUGCAGGACCAGGCGCAGGCGCGGCUGUUGGGCGACACGCGGCCCGGCUUCCUGCACGCCCGCAUCCUCACCUUCUUCUGGGGCUUCGCCGACGACUUCCUCAUCUCCCUGCGGUGCAACGAGGUGGGGCAGGCGGUGGUGGAGGUGCAGUCACAGCUCCGCAUCGGGUACAGCGACCUGGGCGUCAACGGGCGGCGCAACGAGCAGUUCAUGCUGCAGCUCAGCCAGGCGGUGCAGCAGGGGCACAUACCUCAGGGCACCCCCACUUCGUCAGCAGCAGAGCAGGAUGAGUGGGAGCCUGGGAGCGAGGAGGAGGAGGAGGGCAGCGAGGCUCCUCGAAGCAGCUGCCCCAGCCAGCAGUCGGAGCAGCAUGAUAAGGAUCCGGAGGAGUCGGCUGCCUUCAUGGCCCAGCUGACGAGCUUCUUCCAGAGCCGGAGCAGAACAAUGCCAGCCCCACGCUUCAUGCACCGGGAGCUGGAUGUGGCCAAGCUGUGGCGCCUGGUUGAUGGGCAUGGCGGCUACGACGAGGUGGUGUGCCACAGCAAGCUGUGGGCGCAGGUGGGGCGUCACUUUGACCCGCCCAAGAGCAUGACCAACCUCAGCUACAACAUGAAGCGCAUGUACACCCGCAGCGGCCUGCUGGCGUAUGAGCGCUCGCUGCAGGGCAUACCCGAGCCCCUGCCAGAGCCCGGCCCCAGCCGGCCGCUGAACGCGGCUGCGGGCACAAAGCCUCGGGCGAGCAGGAAGCGCCGUUCGAAGCCACCAGAGGCAGACAAUGCGCAACCCAAGCGGGCACGCCAGCAGCAGAAACCGCGGGCAGCGAGGCGUCGCAGGCAGGCGCAGGGGGCUGCGGAGGCGCGUAAGGAAGGGCAGCAGCACGAGCACCAGCUGAAGGAGGAUGGGCAGCAGCUGGAAAACGAUGAGGAGCAGGAGGGAGAGGAGCAGCCACCCCCAGUAGCAGUGGCGGCACCCGGUAGCACUAGCCAGGAGGGCUUGGGGCCUGGGGAGGCCCAAGCCAGCGGCAGGAACAGCGGCAAGGGCAGGAGCGGCAGCAGGGGGUUCAGCCCCUCUAGAGGCACGCAAGCCAGCCCUCAGCAGCCCCCGCCACAGCCUGUGCUACCGGGCCAGGCAGCAUCCCCAGCAGCAGCAUCGCGGGCCAGCAGCGGCAACGCGGGCCGCCCGUCCCGUACAUCGCCGUCGCCCCAGGAGGCCGCCAGCGGCGGCAUGCAGCUGCCCGCGCCGCCGGCUGCCGUCGCGCAACGCACGGCACGCCCCGCCCGCGCCAAGCGCGCCCCGGCUCAGUAUGGCGACUACAGCCUGCAGCCCCGCACACGUGCCCGGCACGCUGAGGAUGCGGGGGUGGCGGCCUGGUCCGGCGCUGGCGCGUUGGAGCGGGGCGGCGGGGAGCUGGUGGGGCGCAGCGUGCGCCUGUGGGACCCGCUGGCGCAGCGGCACCGGGUGGGGCGUGUGACCGCCUACCACGCGGCCGCGGGCAAGCACGUGGUGCAGUAUGAGGGUGGGCGGGAGCAGGUGGCUGACCUGCGAGACCUGCAAGGCACUCCCAGCUGGCAGCUCAGGCAGGAUGAUGCGGAGGACCUGGCGGCGGCGCAGCAGCUCGCGGCGCUGGCGGGCGCGGGCCGACAGGGCAGCACACAGCUGCAGCAGCUGCCACUGCCGGAGCAGAGGGAUGCUGCCGGGCAGCAGGAGCAGGGGCAGCAGGAGGUGCUGCAUGUGGGGGUGCUGCGCACGCUGAGCGAGGCGGCGGAGGCGGUGCCGGCCUGCACCGCUGCGGGUGCUUUCUUCUCUGACCUGGCGGCAGCCGCCGAGCCCCAGCCGCCGCAUGGCAGCCGCCAGGGCCCCGCCCACGCGCGCACCGGUACCGCUCCUGUCACACGAACAGCGGCGGCAGGGGCGGCGGCAGCAGCAGCCGCUGGCGCUGCCGGGCAGGGGCCCGGUGUGGCGAUAGACGCCGCCACCAGCAUUGUGCUGAUGCAGCAGGCGGCAGACCUGGUGCGGGGCAUGCACGAGGAGCUGCAGAAGAGCCGGGAGCAGCUUCCCCAGCUGGCGGGUGACCUGCAGGUGGCACACGACCGCCAGGCGGCGGCGGAGAUGGAGUGUCGCAGCGCACAGGGCGCGGCGCUGGAAGCCCGCAAGGGGCUGCAGCUGCUGCUGGGGCAGGCGCAGGCGCUGAUUGGGCAGCGGGCGCCUGCGCCGUCGCCGCCGCCGCCGCCAGCCUGGGCCCCCACGCACUCGCAGCCGCAGGCACAGGGGCCAGCAGAGCUGCUGGCAUCACCUCAGCAGCCCGCGGCACAGGCGGCGACGGCGGGUGUGCACAGUCGCAGCCAGCCGCUGUUCCCGCAGCCGCUGUUCCCGCAGCCGCAGCGCCCGCCUCAGCCGCAGCAGGCCCUCCGCCCCUCGCAGUGGCCUGCUGGUGCCGGGCCAGGGCAGCAGGCGCACGGGAGGCGCGAGACGGUGCAGCAGCCGCGAGUGCAGCAGCAGCUCCAACAGGCGGUGGCGUCCCAACAUGCGCAGCUGCCGCCGUACAUGCAGGCAGCCGCCGCGGCCGUGCACGCUGCGCUGUCAGCGGCCUCUGCCAGCAGUGUUCUGUAA